UAUAAUUUGUCAUGGUUUUGGGUGCAGAUAAAAAUGCGCUGUGGAUAUAAUCUUCAUUUUCUGCAAAUCUAGACAUCUAUAUACAACUUUCCACAACAUGUUUGUGUCUCUCUGUAAAAUAUUAUCACAACAAGACAUACUAAAAUGUAUAUAAAUACUGUAUUUAAACUUUAGGCAACAAACAGUGAAUCAAGUUAACUUGUGAGUCUAACAGAAGAGUUUUCUUCAUCCAUGCAGAUGAAAAACUAGUUUGGUCAUAAAUGUAAAAACACUCUUUGCACGCAAAAUUGCUAUUACAUGAAAGCAUACAGUUUAGUUAUUUUGCUUAUCUAAACCAAAAGAUGGGCAAGCUGACGUGAUACCGUCCACAUAAAGGCAUUGUGUGAAAUUAAUGCAUUUGCAAAUUGAGAACCUGCCCUUGCAUGAUGGCGGAUGAAUGUGUCCGUGGGGAAGACCGCAACAUUAAUAUACCUCACCAACAGUGAAGCAUCGGCCGCCAGUGGCGUGGACAUUUCAGGAAGAGAACAGACAAAUUCGCUGAAAUCAAAUUUGGGAGUUCUGCUUCCAGAAGAGAGAGAGAGAGAGAGAGAGAAAAGUGCCCCGGAAAGACCCACUCGUUUCGUCAUUUUGAAAUCCGAAGGGGAGGAUUUCUUCAUUCCCAGAAAAUUUCUCCGCAUGACCCGCAUCAUUUUGGGAGGUAACAAAGUGGAGCACCCGCGUCUUUCCUCAUUCACAAAUGAUACAAUGUAACGGGCGCUUUGGUUGCAAUCAUCCGGAGCUCAUGUUUGUGUGCGCGAUUGUACUCUUGUUCGGCUGAAUUCAAGAAAAUCUGGCAAGGAAGGAGAGGAAGUAGAAGCAAACAGUGGACUCCUUGACCUCUGCACCACAAGUUUUCUUCACUCUUGCUGAGCAGACCUGGAGUCAUGAGUUGUCAGGAGGUGCCGAACCCCAGCCAGGAGCCGAAGGACACUGCUGUGGUCCCCACAGAGGCUGGAGCCACACAGGCAGUACCAACAACGUCUCCAAAGCUUCCCUCAGUGAACGUAAAGACUGAGGUGGCAUCUCCCAUUGAGUCUGUGGCCAGUAACGGCAAAGCGAGUGACGGCAACAUACCUGCUGAGAUCUGUGUGGUUUUAGGAAGCUCACGUAACUCUCAAACACAAGGCUCUUACAUUUGUGGAGUAUGUGGCAAAAAGUACAAGUACUACAACUGCUUUCAGACGCACGUCCGAGCUCACACAGAGACUGAGGCUGCUGCUUCUGGAGAAGGAGCAUCUCUGGGAAUCAAUAAUUCUUUCCGCUAUACAUGUGACGUAUGUGGGAAAAAAUACAAGUACUACAGCUGUUUUCAGGAGCACCGAGACCUCCAUGCAGUUGAUGAUCCGUAUGAUCAUGUGAUACCAGUAGAAGACCUAAAAGAGGAGACUGAAUCCUACCAGAAAAUGGGACCAAAAACGGGAAGUUACACGUGUGAGUAUUGUGGAAAACAGUACAAAUACUUCAACCCCUAUCAGGAACACGUGGCUCUUCACGCUCCAAUGAAGGGAAAUUAUGGCCUUAAAAUGGAAGGGAAAAUGUCUAGCCAGUCAGGCCAGUCCAGUCGUGCAGACAUCAACAAUUCCCAGAACUCGAGUGAUACUCCAAACAGCCGGACCUAUUCUUCCCGUCCUAGCCCUCAGACUGAUAAUGAGAACCAUGUUAAAGAUGAGUCUCCGAAGCCUUGCCAAGCGCCUGUGGCCACACAGGAGCAGAUGUGGAAAUCUCCUCAGCCGGCACAACAGAGGAACCACACACCGGCUUUUCAGAACAGAUUACUUCCAGAAAAGGAGAGACAACAAGUGGCUGAACGUUUACUGAGAGUAAUGUGUGUAGACCUUGGCCUUCUUGGGGUCCUCAGCAGCAAAGACUUCCUGAAGCUUGCACAGACCCUGGUGGACACGGGUUCACGUAAUGGGGCCUACUCCAUUCGUGAAGCCCUUGGAGAUAUGAGCUCACUGGCAUUAAAACAGCUCCCCCGUAUGUACAAUCAGGUCAAAGUAAAAGUCACCUGCGCCCUGGGUUCCAACUCCUCCUUGGGCAUUGCAGUGACCUGCCAUUCCCAGACUAUAGGACCAGACUCCUGCUAUUUGCUGACAGCGUAUCAAGUAGAGGGUGUGCGACUCCGGCGCUAUGUGCUGGGACUCAAGGAGGCCUCGUUAAGGGAGAGUCCUGAGCAGAUACACCACUGGGUCCAGAAUGUUCUGUCAGAGUUUGUCAUGUCAGAAAUCCGCACAGUCUAUGUAACAGAGCCACGCUUGUCUUCGGUAGCCUUUUGCGGUCGCACCGGAAUUGGCCUUCGUUGCGCAGGUUGCUCUCUAACAGCAACGGUUCAGGCCGUUCUCGGUCGCCGCAGCUUGCAAGCACGUGGGCUCCAUGAGCUAGGAGACCUUCUAGCUACAUGUCGCGACAUUGCUGCAACGACCAGCUUCAGUCAAGAAGGGAAAGCUGCAGAAGAGCCUGCUGCUCCGCCCUGCUGGGAUGCAGUUGCAGAGGCCUUGCUCAAGGUACACGAGAACUUUGAGGCCACCUGUGAAGCGUACGGCCGCUCGAAGAGCACUGUGCCACUCUUGCAAGGCCUGAACAAGCACCUGCUUGGCACGCUUGCAUGUUUGCUUGCGCCGCUAAGACAGGCAGUGCAGGAGCUGAGUGUGGAACGCUGCCCCACACUCCAACACGUCCUUCCCGUCUACCUCCGUCUCGAAAAACUUUUCACCUCCAAAGCCGGUGAAGCGGGUGCUGGCAGUAAGCUCUGCCACUACUUCCUGGAAGCCCUGAAGGAGAACUUCAAAGUGGAACGUGUCCAUCAAGUCGCAAUGAUCCUGGAUCCACAGCUUAAGCUGCGGCCAGUCCCUGCUUACCAGCAUGAGGAUAUUAUCUCAAGGGUGUGUGACAUGGCUGCUAAUAUGAGGGAAUCAGGAAGCGGUGGUUCUGGGGGUAUGUCUGUGGAUGAGCGGGAUAGUGAAGGACCAUCAGCACCAAAGCGUGGCCGCCUGGACUGUGGAUUGGAGAGGCCAUCGUGCGAUGCUGAAGAGCCACAGGUACGAAAGGAGUUGUUCCAGUACCUCGGCGAACCACUUUUCAAUGGCACAGGAGACCUGUUGCAGUACUGGAGUUCGGUCAUGGACCGAUACCCCAGGCUGUCGCGGUUAGCGCUGUGGUUGCUGGCUGUACCUGCUGUAGCUGUGCAUGUAGAGUCCGUGAACAUCUGCGAGCAGACCUUAGCCAUGAAGAGAAAGCAGCAGGUCACCGCGGAGGAGAUGAACAAGCUAGUCUUCCUCAAGAGUAAUUUUGCUUGAGAUGGCUCAGGGCUUUCGGCUAAUGGCACCAUAGACUGUUUGAACCAGAUGUACCGGUCACUUCUCUUUACCCCUUCCAAAAAUCCUGUUUUACCGUAAGUGUCUAUCAAUGAGGCACACGAUAGAAAUUUACCAAGGAAAGGUACAUUGACAACUAAUUCACAAACACCCCUUCAGACCAUACAGUAUCUUUGCAUUGGCAGUGGCAACAGAAGCAACUCGAUGAGAAUACAGUUUGCGCGAGGACACGGAUAUGAACUUGUGUUUUCGAUGUUUCGGUUAAACUAUUGCUUAAAAUCGUGAUGUGUUUUUAUCAGUAUGUGGUUCAUCCAUCUCGCUUUUCUUUCUGUGGAAUCCAUCUGAAAUGUAGUGUAUUAUUGAAAUCAUACACAACAUACUUUCCAUCUAGAGAAGGAAAAAACGGGGUACUUCGAAAAAGCCAUUUCUUUGCAAUUACGCCUUUAUGAAAACCACAAACACUCUUUGCUGUGACAUCCAAACAAUACCUCUCUUUAGCAGUUUAUCAGAGGGCAGAUCAAGCUUGUAGAUGUGUGUGUCUUGUCGUAAGCAGGCCCUGAUUCAGUAAUCUCAGUUAACCGGUUUGAGUGUGUGUUAAGCUCUUGUUCAGCCUCAGGAGUUUAAGGCCAGCAGAACUCAGAUUUAUACUUGGGUCACAUAGAUAAAUGAUUUUUGAUUAUUUAUUUUUAUUUUGUCAGUUCUCACAAUAACGUUGCAAUAAAUGUUCCGUAGCAGAAGUUAUACUGUCAAGCAGACUUUGAUGCCUUGCACCUUUGUAGCAGCCUUUUUUGCCAUUACAGCUCACUGGGAUUAUUUCAUUCAACAAUACAAUCUGCAAUACCUGGAACAGCCACUUAAACCCCAAGAUUGGAUCCUCAAUAAUAUUGGGUUAUGGAAGUACAUAGGAAUGAUCUGAUGUUCCAGUCCAGUGGAUCAGAUUUAUUUAUUUUACUUUUUUUUUUUUUUUUCUUGUUUCUGAAAAAGUGGGAAUAGGGCUAUGGAAUACAGAAACUGUCUGUCUCUCACUGUCUCGGUACAAACCUCCUUGAACAGAGGCAGCUAACUGCAUUAUUGUUUGAAUGCAUUUUAAGAGGAUAAAGCUAAACAAAUAUUUCAUUAUUUAUGCACUGGAUUUCUCUUAUCAUUAUUUUCCUCAUUUAUCUACAGCAGGAAAUUAGAUUAAGUGAUAACAUUAACUAGUAAAAAAAUAAUAAAAAUAAAAUCAUUGCCUAGAUUAGGACCAAAGUAUCUUUUAAAAGUAGUUUGUCAUUGUGAAUAAUUGCCAUUUCCGGACAGAUUUGUAGUUUUAUCUCAUAACACCCAUGCUUCCUCAUAAUGGUUUUGCCCUCAUUAAUUUCCACUGCCUUUAAACAACUGUUCAUUUCAAAAUUGUUCUAGUAAACAGACAGUAGUAACAAUUUUAACUUCCAUAAUAAAUGAUCUUCAAUUUACUUCAAGAGUAUUUUGCAGUAGUUUUUCCAAGGAAAGAUGUGAUUUAGUAAUAUAUAGUUUGUCUUGUAAUGCCUUGAACAUCUUUGUGUGAUUAUACAGAUAUGCAUGCAGACAAUAUAAGAGUUUUUUUUUUUUUUAAGUUUUUUUUUUAGUCUUUAAUAAAGUGGAAGAGAUCUACAAAUACAUAGUCGAUGUUCACACAAAAGCAGAAAUACUGUUGUCAGUUCCAUUUUGAGUGCUAAAUCGGGUGCAAAUCUGCUUAUAAAAGAAUGACAACCGCUUUCUGUGACUCCAGAAAAUCUAAGUCUAUUGUUAAGGACAAAUUUUGAAGGUUCAGUUAUAUAUGCUGAAGGACAAAAUUGGCAGUGAAGUAGUCUAUCACUCCUUUUAAAUGGGUGAUCAUUGACCUCUCUCAGGUUAUGUAAAAUGGUGGUAUCAUGUAGUGAAAGAGAGAGUGAGACAAAACUCUUAAGUAUUUAGGAAAUAGUCUUACAAAGGGGAAAAACAGUACCGAAGAGUUUUUUUUUUUAUUUUUUGACCACAUAUAUGAACAGUUCCAAAAAAAAAAAAAUGAAAUCCUUAGUCCUAUAUAGUCUAUUGACUAUUAUCAUCUGUUCCUAUGGUUACAGGCAUCAUUUGCCCUACAUAGAAGGGAACUGACUUUGGUUAACUGUAUAGACAUUGUAGGUACUCUGCUGUUGUAGGUUUAAGAUGAUUUGAGAAUCACACCUGUUGGUAAAUACGGUUGUUAAUCCCAAACACUGACGUACACACCACAAAAUUUUUGAUUGCUAUUAUAAAACUAUAGCGAACAAUUGUUUGCCGUUCCACGGCUGUGAAUAAUUUUAACCUAUUUUCUGUCAGUUAUGUUUGACCAAAGAUUAGCGACCAAAGACGCAUUGUGUUUUUUUCAAAGACGCAUUGUGCAAUUUUACCUAAACCACCGAUGACGGAGACACUUGGUGUAGCUAUAGCCCAUGACACACCAAGGCGACGGUUGGUCGCCUGGCAAUUUUUGUUUGUCAGCCAAGUUUUCUCAACUGAAGUUGGUCCUCGUCUGCUUUUUUUUUCGGCUGAUUUGACAUGUUGAAUCAGUGUAAGAGCUUGUUGGUCUGUCGGGUUUUUAAACAGCACGCUCUUUGCAGUGUUGCCUUUUCAACUUAUCCUUCUUUUUGCUUUCUGGCUUCCCAGCAAGGUCACUAAAAAAUAUGUGAGAGAUUUAAGUGAGUCAUCUUAUGUUUUGAAUUUAAUGUUGAUGU